ACAAGUGUAGCAAGAACCCAUUCUUAUUAUUUUGUAUACGAAGCUAAAAUCAUAAAUUUAUUUUAUACAUUGCAAGCAAUAAAAACUUAUCUGUAUCACAUUUUUAACCUUGUUAAUGAUAAGCCAGGAUUGCUUCAAUUAAUUCAUUUGUGUUAAUUGACUCAGUCAAUUUACACCAUGGUUGUAGAAGUGCCGAAAAUUCAAUUAGGAAAUGGACAGACGAUGCCGAUUGUCGGACUUGGCACUUACGCGCGUAAAGCAGAGCCAGGCCAGUACCGGCAAGCAGUAGAGUGGGCUAUCGAGGCAGGGUACCGGCACAUAGACACCGCCUCCAGCUACCACAAUGAGGAGGAGGUUGGGCAGGGAAUAGCGAAUGCCAUCAGCAAGGGACUUGUUACUCGACAGGAGCUGUUUGUCACUACCAAGUUGUGGAAUGAUUGCCACGCCGAGGCUGAUGUUAUCUCGGCACUGGAGAAGUCCUUAGCGAGGCUGAAACAGGACUAUGUAGACCUGUAUCUUGUGCACUGGCCCAUCUCUGUUAAUGCUUCAGGAGAGGACAUGGGUAUCGACUACCUGGAAACCUGGCGCGGAAUGGAAGAAGCCGCGCGUCGGGGAUUAGCGCGUGGCAUCGGUGUAUCUAACUUCAACGCCGACCAGCUGCAGCGAGUGAUACGGGUUGCACAGAUAAAGCCUCUUGUGAAUCAGAUAGAGAUAAACCCGACGCUGACUAACCACGAUCUGGUCGACUUUUGCAAAGCCAACGGCGUAGUCCCAGUAGCGUUCACCGCGCUAGGGCUGCUAUCGGAGGCUCGGCCAGAGUUUGCAGACAAGGAUGUUAUAAAGACGGAUGCGGCACUUGGCCGUGUCGCCGAACAGCAUGGGAAGACCAGGGCACAGGUCGUACUUAGAUAUCUGAUCCAACGCAGCAUCCCCGUUAUCCCGAAAUCUUUCACGCAGUCUCGUCUAGCAGAAAACCUGAACAUCUUCGACUUUGAAUUGAGCCCCGCCGACAUGGACGUAGUCAACUCUUACAAUAUCAACCACCGCUGCGUGCCUGCCACGGGAUUCGCUAAGUUCAAGAAUUACCCUUUCUAAUUUAUAGUAACUACAGUUUAAACCCAGGUAGCAAAGUGACGUCAGCGACGUCAUAAUGACGUCAUUAUGGCGUCAUAAUGACGUAUAAAUGCUGUUAGGGAAUCUACUAUAGUUUUACUAUACUUUUAUCUCAGGCGACUGGUGAAAUAGUUGCGAAUUUAUAUACUCCGUUUUUUUAGCAUCAUAAAGAACUACACUGCAGGUGCCCUGUGACUGGUGCCUGGUGACAUGGUUGUCAUUUCUUGUAUUUAGUUGUAAGUAGUUGUUUAAAUGCACUUGAAUUUAGUAGGAUUAGCUAUAUAAUACAACGACCCUGGGGUCCCUGGGGGCCUAGCUAAGAUGACAAUCGUUGAUAGAAGACGACAAUCGAACAAAAAUUAUGUAUGGAAAUAAUCGCGUGAUUUUUCGUAGCAUCAUGUCAUCCCGACUUUUUAGGGUUCCGUACCUCAAAAAGUAAAAAGGGAACGGUCUGUCUGUCUGUCCGUCUGUCACAGCCCAUUUUCUCCAAAAGUACUGAACCAAUUAAUUCGAAAUUCGGUACACAUAUGUAAGUUUGUGACCCAAAGACGGUAAACAAAUGAAUUUUAAACAUGGGGGCCAUUUUUGGGGGGUAAAUGAGAAAAUUAAGUAAGUUUUUCAAUCUAUAUCCUGUUACAUAUUAAUAAAAGAGCUCAUUUUGAGAAUCUCAUAUAUAUAGGUAUAUUGUAAUUUUAAAAAUAAAUAGUUUAGAAGUUAUUUAAGAAAAGAGCCAAAAAUGACCACCCCACCCUCCCCCCCGUUUUCUCCGAAACUAUUGGGUCUAGAAUUUAAAAAAGUCCCGACUCGCACUUGGCCGGUUUUUCUAUUCGUUUAGCGUUUGUCGAUGUAUUGUCCUGAGGCUAGGCCCUCUAGACUGUGCAAUGUAGACCUGUAGAAUGUAGGUAAAUUGUUCUCUAAGAACACUAUUGCGAAGAAUUUAGUUAGUUUUAACUAUAUACAAUUUUACAUGUAGUAUUUAAGAAACAUCACGAAUUACACUAUUCUAUACGUAGAUAGGUACUCAUAUAGUUAUUUAGGAUACAAGUGCGGAAAAGAGGAAAUUCGAAACGAGUGGCGAUAAAUUAAAACACUACCGCAGGGAGUGUUUUAAAUGGACAUGAGUUGCGAAUUACCUAUUCGCACGUGUAUCGUACAACGUUUUACAGUACGAAUGCCCUUUAAACUUUCGACAUAUGCACGAAAAGUGCUCUAUUACGCACUAGUGCGAGAAAGUAGCACCAUAUGUACUGUAAAAUAUUUCACAGUACAUAUUUUGCUACUUUACCGCACUAGUGCAAUAAUUAGCACAUUACGCAACUAUGUCGAAAAUUUAAAUGGCCAUAUGUACUGUAAAACGUUGUACGAUACAUGUGCGAAUUUCCUAUUUUUCGCACUUGUAUCGUAAUACACUAUUUUUACCGCAAU